CAUGGCCUCCCGAAAUUAUGUGAUAUUUGAUUGUGAUGGUGGUAGUGAUGAUGCCUGGGCCUUGCUGUUGCUACUUAAAGCGGAAGCAGAAAAUCAUUUAAGUAUUUUAGGCAUCACCAUAUGCGGCAGUGGCAAUACAACACUACACAAUGCAGCUUACAAUAUGUUGAGAAUAUUAAGGGCUUGUGGCAGAGAUGAGAUACCAAUAUUCCUAGGAGCCGCUGAAUCUCUUUUAUCGGUCGAAGAUCACGAAAAACGUCCUCUAUUCCAUGGCAAAGAUGGUUUUGGUGAUGUUUUGCCACAGGAUGAAGAUAUUGACGUACAGGAUAUGGUGGAAGGUGAACAUGCUGUGGCAGCAAUUAAUCAAUUUUGUAUAGAGAAUCCCCGACAAGUUACAAUAAUUGCUGUGGGACCUUUAACGAAUAUAGCUUUAUGCUAUUCCAUGUAUGGUCAGGAGUUUUCUUAUAAUAUUAAGGAAUUGUAUAUAAUGGGUGGAAAUCAUCAGGGUGUCGGCAACUACUCCAGAUCUGCAGAAUUUAAUUUUUUCAAUGACCCUGAAGCUGCCCAUAUUGUCUUAACCAAAUCAAAGUGUCCUAUAACUAUAUUGCCCUGGGAGCCCUGUAUGCAUGACAGAUUUUUCAUAUGCAUAAAAUGGCGUCUUGAACAAUUCGGUUCUAAAGCUAGUCAAAACCCCGCCGUCGACUUGCUAAAUCUAGUCGAAGCUGCUCAGUAUUUACCACCCGGCUAUAAGGGCUGGAAUCCCUGCGAUGCCAUGCUUGUCGCUACCUUUCUAUUCAAUACCCAAAUAAUAUUAAAACAAAGUCAUUGGCAUUGUGUGGUCGAUUUAAAUGGCCAUACACGCGGUCAAAUGGUUCUAGAUCAUUUACAGGAGGUGGAUAAAAAUCCUAAAAAUGUUCGUAUUAUUGAGCUGAUAGAUGCGGAAUUCUUUAAAAAAGUUGCCGAAUGGGGUUCGGGGUUAAGAGAGUUAAAAGUGGAUUUAACGAGCGGUAAGGAAGCGAUAAAGGCGGAAAUAAAACAGGAAAAUGGCUGUUGAAGUGUGAAGUAGAAGUUUGUAAAUAUUUCGGUUGGAUUUGUAAAGAUUUUAUUGCAUUUUUUUUGUAAUUUAUUGUAUUAAUAAAUGUUAUUAUUAAAUUUGA